AUGGUGUUUUGUUACAAGAUUAUAACAGAGUCACCGCGCCGUUCGAGAUGUUCCUCACCGAGAAAAGACUUGACACAAUUCUUUAUACCGAACGUAUCCUCAGAAUUUAUAAGCUCCUACGAUUAUGAAGAAGGCAAAAACGUCUGGGAUGAAAUACCUGAACGAGACUGGCGUUUGCUUGGAGCUCUCGCUAAGAAGAGGGAAGAACAAGAAGAGAGGGAGAAAUUAGCGGAUCAGUUUCAGAAGAUGUGGCUGAAGGAAAAAGAAAAUCGGCAAAUGGUAGAAGCAGAAACAUCAGAGCAGUAUAAACGAUACCUACAUAAGAAGAGGUCUCACGAAAAGUACCUCCAAGAGUACAAGAGAAUGCAGAGGGCAGAGCAGCAACAGGCUAGGGUUGGGCAACUGAUAGAUUGCAUCAAACACAAAGAGGAAAGAAGCAAGGAUGUAUUGGCUUGGAGGGAUGAUAGGAAGAUAACACAAAUAAUCGGUAAGGCAGUGGAAGAGGAGGCCCGAGCACAGUUAGCAGCUGAUCGACGCCAGCAGCGAAGGCUUGAAGACGAAUGGAGAAAGACGGUUGAACUGGUGGAUACCACAAGACGAUCGGAAGAUGCACGGAAACGGAGGAGGGCCAGAUUGAGAGAAGAGUCACAGCGUCUAGCAAUUACAAAUGCUCUGACGUCAUGGGAGACGUCCUUGGUUCGUCAGGAGGUAGCCGCUGCUGAGGCCGGGAGACGAGCUCUCGUGUCCGCAUCUCUGGCUGUCAAAGACGAGAAGACUUGGCGAAUACAACAAGCUAAGAACACACGGAGAGAACGAGGUAGAAACAUAGCGGCGAUCACAGCUAUGAUGAGAGAAGCCGUCAGAAACGGGAGAUAG